AUGUUGCCGCUGGCAGCCGCUGGGGCUGCGGGUGCAGCAGCGGGCGUCUUGCGUUGGAGGUGUAGGAUAGUGUUCUGUGGUGUAGGAGCGGCGGUGGAGCUGUGUCUGACCUCACAAACUGUCAUAUGGGAGCGAGGGCCGGGACAGCGAUGAGUGGAACCACGUGUUCUGUACGAUAGCGACCCUCUGCUACAGCUCGGCUGUUCUGCGCUCGUCGCCUGCAGGACUUUAUUGGGUCCCGACAUGGACUACCCCGGGCGAAAGCUGUCCACCUCCGGAGAUUCCUUGUAUGAAAUUUUGGGUCUACCAAAAACAUCGACGCCAGAUGACAUAAAGAGGACAUACCGGCGGUUAGCCCUCAAGUAUCAUCCGGACAAAAAUCCUGAUAACCCAGAAGCUGCAGAAAAAUUUAAGGACAUCAACCGAGCGCACUCCAUCCUCACGGACCUCACCAAGCGCAACAUCUAUGACAACUAUGGCUCCCUGGGCCUCUAUGUGGCUGAACAGUUUGGUGAAGAGAACGUCAAUACCUACUUCGUGCUCACGAGUGGCUGGUGCAAGGCACUGUUCGUGUUCUGCGGGUUGAUAACGGGCUGUUACCUGUGCUGCUGCUUCUGCUGCUGCUGCAACUUCUGCUGCGGCAAAUGUCGGCCCAAGCCACCCGAAGAGGCUGGAGACUAUGCCAAUCUGCAUGAUGGAAAAAGUGAAGCGGUCAGAGGAGCCCCCAAGGAGGAGUAUAGCAGCGAAGAAGGCCAGAGCCCAGUGACCACACAGCCUGCAGCCAGUGCCAAGAUGGACGCCCCGGGGUCGGUGCCCCUGGCCAUGCCUCCUCCACCCUCAGCCACUGACAGCAACCUGAGUGAGACGACCAACCUGAGCACAAGUCAGCACCACACAUACAUGACGCAGGACGCCACUGCUGCAGCUGUGCCCACCAGCAACCUGCAGUAGGCUCCGUUCCAAAAAGACUCCAGAGACUCCAGUGUCUUUAUUUCGUCUUUCUUUCCUUCCUUUCCUUUUUAAUCCAUUUCUGAGAACACUUUCCCCCUGCGUGGCGUACGCACUAUAUUAUAGAGCCUGCUCAUUAUGGCUUGGGGGAGGUCAUUGACACUGUUGUGCAUGGUAUCCCCAUUUGUUUGUACAAUCACAUUGCCUCUAUUUCUUUAUUUCUUCCUUUCGAGAUAAUGGUGUGGAAACUUUGCAGUUGUGACGCCAAUUGUUAUUGCAGUUGCCCAAUUGUUUCUUUUAAUAGGACAGGACUUUUCUUGUAAAGCAUAGCUUGAGCCACCAAUAUAAAUGCACUGUCAUUGUUAUCUAUUUUGAAUUGUGAAAACACAAAGUUCUUUACAGCAUGCCUGCACACCAGGAGUGGUUUCAAUUUUCUGGCCAAUAGUUCGGUAUGGACGUGUAAAUUUCAGAGCAGCUGUCCUUCCGCCUUUUUGUCUACUAGUGUACACACGGUAAUGGCAUGUGUGCAUUCUUUGAGCUGCAUGCCAUUCCUGCAGUCAUCCUUGUGAUGCUCUUGGGGAAGAAUUGGGAGUCGUGUAGUAGCACCCCAUAUAGGUGGGUCUCUUAGUGAAACAAUGUAUGUUGCAAGUGGUGUGUGUUCAGUCAGCUACGGUUACUGCUGGCCUCUGGGUUCAAUACUGAGCCAUGGUUAUGCGAGUUGCAUGUGCUGUGUAGACAGUGAAGCACAGCCAUCUUACCCACAUGUCCUGCUGGUGAUUGCUUUGCAUUGAGGAGCCCAUCUCCAGAACUCGGCCUGCAAGUGUGGAUCUCUUGCUGCACAUCACUUGCAUGCUCCCCAUGUUGUGGCUGCACACAUUAUUUGUCUUAGUUGUGCCCCACCAUCCUGCUGGUGCUUUGUUUGUAACCCUUUGCACACCUGCUACACUGGCCUGGCCACAAGGCGUUCAGGUCUGGUGCAUUCUAGGGUGUUGAAUGCUGACCGCUGGGGCAGCAUCUGCUGCAUCUGAUGCUUGUAGCAAUAUGAUUUUCUGGUGAGCUGUGCACAGCUUCUUUCAUCAACUUCCAGCACUGCCUGCACCACAAACUAUUAUUUUCAUUUACACUAUGCCAGGAGAGUCCAGGUAUUGUCACAACCUGCCUCCUUACAUUAUUUUGGGCAUAACUUUACAUCUUCUAAUACAAUGCAUCAGAACUGUGUUUCAUACGCAGCAAGCACAUACUACAGAGCAAUGAGCGCCAAAAAGUGCAGAAAAACAACUAAUGUGGGCAGCACAGCACUUUGCAUGUACUCUUGGGAAUGCACCAGUUCUGCAAUGCCUGAUAUGCCAUCGGAGGCAGGUGUUGCAGCCAUUUUUAUGUUCGAAUGUUGUGAACAGUGAGGCUGUCAUACCAGUGUUAGGUCGCCUCUAUACUGCAUCGCUUGGCUAGAUGGGCAACUAUCGAGCCAGCUGCAGAUGUUUCCAGUGCAGCAGGUUGUGCCAGGUAUUUUUGAGGGUGAGAAAGGUCCCUAUCCAUGCUGACUGCAGACCAGCAACUCCUACAGCUGCCACCUGUUCUUUGUCCCAGUGAAGACACAAAGGCCUUUUCUGUGUGAGUGUAUGUGAAGCAGCAGUACUUAACUGUCAGUACUGUGUAGCCGAUUAAAAAAUACUUGGGUGCUUC